GGGUUUCAGAAAUGAUGAACUUUGGAGCACUUAAUCAUUCAGGCAUGAUUCGUCCAUGCAAGCGUGAUAAUUCUAUGUAACUUAUUCCUCUUCAUACUAAACAUAUUGUUCUAUACCCAGACCAGAUUUGUUCGUUCAGAAGUACUUAAUACCGUAAAACUGGCUGUCACAAUAGGACAAACUGGGUAUUGAAACUAUUGAAGGUCACUGGCAAUGACAACGAUAAUACCGCAGCUUUUAUUAUAAGAUAAGCUGGACAAAUAGAUUUUAUUUAUUAUUCUUCACGAACAAUAAAGUUUAAAUCUUAUUAAUGUAAUUUUUGAUCCAAUCUUCAAGAUAUCUUUUAUUGACUAACGACUUUUUAUACUGAAUAUUCUUGAAUUCUUUGCACUCAAUACAAACCAAAAGACAUAGAAAUCGAAUUUCUGUGUUGUUAUGCAAUUUGUUGUGAUAAUGUACUUCUAGACUGCCUAGUCCCAACAGUUUGAAAUGACAUGGCUUCCGAAGUUUUCAACGAACCAGCCAACAUCCUGAUGGUAAACGGUGCUGUUGAUCGUUAUGGAUUCUUCGAAGGUGAACAAUUCUGCGAAACAAACACGCGGUAAGGUGGAUCAUCAGGUUAAACCAAAAUACACAGGAAACUUUCUGAAUCCUCUUUGAAUAAAAUACGCCGAAAAGAAUUGAAAUGGCAAAAUAUGCUGACUGAAUGGGAUAAAUGGAUGUAUUAUAAAACAGAUCGGGUGAGAAAUCAAUGUCGAAAAGGUAUUGCACCGGCUAUACGUUCAAGAGUGUGGCAGUAUCUCUGUGGAAGCCAUAGAAUAAUGCAGAUGGAACGUGGGAAAUAUCAGGUACUUUUGAAAAUGUCGGGUGAUCCAAAGACAAUUUCACAAAUCAAAUUAGAUGUCGACAGACAGUUACCUAAUCACGUACUUUUUGCUACAAGCCAUGGUAAUGGAAAAGCAUCUCUGUUCAACGUACUCAAAGCAUAUUCACUGCUACAUCCUGCUACUGGCUACUGCCAAGCUCAAGCACCGAUUGCUGCAGCGUUACUUAUACAUAUGCCAGAAGAGGAUGCAUUUUGGACCUUUGUCUGUUUAUGCAACCGAUAUAUGACCGAUUAUUUUAAAUCGGAUCUUGUACGUGUCAAAAUUGAAUUGAACAUGUUAUUUGAAUUGGUGAAGAAAUAUCAACCAGAUAUAUAUCAUCACAUGGUGAAAUGUAACACAGAGCCAAUAUAUUUUGCUAUUGACUGGUUCAUGUGUUUGUAUACACGCAAUUUGCCAUGGUCUACAGUCCUCCGUAUAUGGGAUAUGUUCUUCUUCGAAGGUGUGAAGGUUUUAUUUCGUAUUGCACUUUCUAUAUUUCAACUUUUACUGGGAGAUUCGAAUUCAAGAAGAAGAUUGAAUUCAAUGGAUAAAUUAAUGGAAUCUUUACGUAAUCUACCUAAAAAUAUAGUCGGUGAACAUGUGCUUAUUAAUCAUUCAUUUCGUUAUACAUUUAUCACUAAACAAGAACUUGUAAAACUGUAUCGAACACAACUAAAGUCUAUUGAGUUAAUAUCAUCAUCUUCAUCCUAAUUUCAAUGUCUUAUUCAUUUGAAUUAUGCUUCGAUUAAUCGAUGAUUUUGUUUCUUCUAGUGGAAAUCACUCUGUUCUUUUUCUUCUUCAGAAUUUACUUUUGCAAAUGUUAUAUUUCACUUAAAUUCAUAUAACACUGUUUAACUGCUCAAAUUCUAAUCCUUUUUUAUUUUGUUUUGUACGUACAAUCAUGGGAGUGAAAUCAUUUAAGCAUAAACUCCAUAUUUUGCUAGUUCUAUUGUGACUUCUUUAAAAAGAGCCCUUGUCAUUUGAUUUGAUAAUUUUAAACUUUACAUUUACUUCAUUAAUUAAUGUAUCUCUGGUUAAGAUCACUGACUUUCAAUUCUUUUAUACCUUCACGAAAAAAUGUGUAAAUUUAUUUGUUCAUAAAACAUUUGCUAUCAGUUUUACUUAAUAAUUUUUGCUUGUCAUGCUGCUGAGUAAUAACCAAGUAAUCCAACUGUCAUCCAUUUAUAAGAUUAAGUCUUUUGAAAGAAAUGAUCAAUCGGUCAUUACAUAUUAAAACUCGGUUAUUUUCUUUUACCUUAAAUGCAUUUUGUACAAAUAGUAAAUUAGGCUAUUUUUUACAUCAAUUAAAUACUAUGAAAAGCUUAACUA